AUGAAUAGAAAAGAAAAUAAAGAAUGUAUUACUAUUAUUUGGUUUGAUUCCAAUAUUCAUUUACAUAAUCUUACAAAAAACAUUAAUGAACGAUUAUGUGAAAUAAAUGAUUAUAUUCUUUAUUAUAAUGAAAUUGAUUCUUGUAUAAAUUAUAUUCAAUCGAUUGAUAAAGAAAAAAUUUUCUUGAUUACAUCGAGUAUAGACAUUUCUCAAAUAUCAAUUCAAAUCAAUAAUCUUCCACAAAUUAAUUCGAUAUUUAUAUUUGAUUUCGAUAAAAAUCAAAGACAUGAAUUUACUUUUGAACAUUUUAAAUUUAUUGAUUUCUACACUGAUCUAGAUAAUUUAUAUUCAUCAAUUAAAGAACAAAUUGAAGAUGAAGAUAAAUUAAUUCAAACAUUCAGUUUUUUUGAUCAAUUCGAAUAUUUAACACAAAAUCUUUCAAAACAAAUAUCUAAUUUAUUUUGGUAUCAAUUAUUUAAUAAAAUUAUUUUACAAUUAUCAAAUGAUCAAUUAAUUAAAACUGAAAUGAUUGAUUUUUGUCAUCAAUAUUAUCAAGAUAAUUUAAAAUUAAUUGAUGAAUUCAAACAUGAAUAUCAUUCAAAUAAAGUAAUUCAAUGGUUUUUGAAAAGAUCAUUUCCUUAUAAAAUGAUUAAGAAAGCAUUACAAAUAAAAGAUAUAAAUCAAUUGAUGAUAUUAAAAUAUUUUAUCAAAGAUCUUAUACAAAGUUUUGAAAGUCACAAUCAAAAAUAUGAAAAUAAAAAUCUUAUUGUUUAUCGAGGAAUUAAAUUAUCGAAAGAACAACUUGAAGAAUUCAAACAAAAUGAAGGAAAACUUUUUUUAAGCAAUGAAUUUUUAACAGCAACUCGAUCUUAUUUGAAUGCAUUGAAUUUUGCUAAAAAAUUAACAAAACAAACAAAUAUUAUUCCUACAAUUUUAGAAAUUGAAUGUAAAUUAAAAGAUUUUGAUAAAAAUAUUAUCUUUAUUGACAAAGACAAAUCUGAAGAUUUAUCUAAUCAAGAUGAUAUUCUUUUCAAUUUAAAUGUCAUAUUUCAUUUAAAUAAAGUUGAAUUUCAUGAAAAUAUUUGGAUUAUUAAAUUGAGUAUUUCGAAUGAAGGAAAAAUUAUUUUAGAAAAAUAUAUUGAAGAUACACGUCAACAAAUUGGAGAUAUUAGUAUUGAAAUUAUAUUUGGACGUCUUAUGUUAGAUAUGGGUCAAUGGAAUCAAUCACAAAAAUAUUUUGAACGUUUAUUAAUUGAUUCAAAUGAUAAAAAUCAAGCAUGGAUAGAAUAUAGUCUUGGUGAAAUUCAUCGUUUAAAAGGAGAAUGGAUUGUAGCACGUAAAUAUUAUGAUUAUGCUUUUGAUCGAAUGAUGAAUUCAAAACAAAUAUAUAUCAAAGAAUCAGCUCAAAUACUUUCCGAUAUUGGAGAACUUCUUUAUGCUGAAGGAAAGUUUGAAGAAGCUAUGAAUUUUCAUGAACGAGCAUUACAAAUUCGUAAAGAAUAUUAUUCUUCUGAUCAUCCUCAUAUCGCUAAUAGUCUAUGUAAUAUUGGAAAUAUUUUCCAUAUACAAGACAAAUAUGAUGAAGCAUUUGUAUAUUUUCAAGAAGCACUUAUGAUUUUGGAGAAAUAUUACAAUAGUUUUCAUGUUGAUAUUGCUAAAUGUUUGUCGUGUAUUGGACAUUAUUUUCGUGAACAAAGAAACUAUGAUAAAUCUCUUGAAUUUCAUCAACGAUCUUUAGCUAUCUAUGAAAAAUAUUAUCCUUAUGAUCAUGUCUGUAUUGCAAUGACACUCAAUGACAUCGCAGAUAUUCUUAACGGACAAGAUAAAAAUGAUGAAGCUUUGAAUAUUCAUCGUCAAGCAUUGGCAAUGUAUAAGAAAUUGUUUCAAUAUGAUCAUAUCGAUAUUUUUGAACAUCUUUGUACUCUUGGUCAUAUUUACUCUGGACAAGGACAUUAUGAUACUGCUUUAGAAUCUUACCAACAAUCAUUAGCAGUAUUGAAACAAUAUUUCUUUUCUGGUCAUACUCAUAUUAUCUGUCUUUUGCAAAAUAUUGGUGUUGCUCUGAACAGCUUAGAAAAAUUUGAUGAUGCUCUGGACUUUCAUCGUCAAGCACUUGUUAUGGAGGAAAAAUAUUAUCCAUCAUUUCAAGCUAAAAUAGCACAGACAUUCAUAUAUAUUGGCGACGUUCUAAGAUGUCAAGAGAAAUAUGAAGACGCUUUAGAUCAUUAUAAAAAAGCAUUAGUAAUGCAAAAGAGUUAUUAUCCUUUGGGUCAUGUAAAUAUAUCUUUUACAUUUCAAAACAUAGGUACUCUAUUAUCUCAACAAGAAAAAUACGAUGAAGCUCUAGAUUUCUACCAGCAAGCAUCAAUCAUGCUCGAAAAACAUGGUCUGUGUAAUCAAAGUGAUAUCGCUUUUAAUUUGAUAGGUAUUGGUCAUAUUUUAAAUAAUCAAGGAAAAUUCGAUGAAGUCAUAGACUAUUAUCAAAGAGCAUUAGACAUUCAAAAGAGUUAUUAUUACGCCGAUCAUCCCAACCUUGCUGAUACACUUAACAGCAUUGGUAAUCUACUCUAUCGUCAAAACAAGAAUGAUAAAGCCAUGGAGUUUCAUAAGAAAGCGUUAGAGAUUCAAGAAAAAAAUUAUCCUACAGAACAUAUAAAAAUUGCAACUACAUUCAUUUAUAUUGGUUACGUACUAGAAGAUGAAACAAAAUAUGAUGAAGCACUUGACUAUUAUAAACGGGCACAUUUAUUAUUUGUAAAAUUUGGAAAUUGUUAUCGCUCAGAUCAAUUACAGAUUGCUUUUAAUCUAAACUAUAUUAGUGACGUUCUAUAUUUACAAGGAAAAUAUCAAGAAGCUGUUGAAUAUCAACAACAUGCACUAUUAAUCAAAGAAAAAUGGUUACCAUCUAUUCAUAAUGAAAUUAUUAGAAGUUGCAUAAAGAUUAGUCGUAGUCUGUGUAGUCAAGAAAAAUAUGUCGAUGCACUUGAAUUUCAACAACGAGCUUUAGAAAUACAAGAAAAACUCGAACCAUUAAAUCAUAAGGAUAUAGGUGAACGACUUUGUGAUAUUGGUAAGACUUUCUUCGAUCAAAAAAAAUACGACGAAGCUCUUAAUUUUUAUCAACGAGCAUUAGAAAUGAAAGAAAUAUCUGAUCCAUCUAAUCAUGACUACAUUAUUGCUGUACUCAAUAACAUUGGUGAGAUACUUAAAGAACAACAAAAAUACGAUGAGGCACUCGAUUUUAAGAAUCGUGCACUCAAAAUGCGAGAAACUUAUUGUUCAUCAAGCCAUCAGGAUAUCGCCGAUAAUCUUAAUGAAAUAGGUAAUAUCCUUCAUGAUCAAGAAAACUACGAUGAGGCUCUUACUUUUUAUCAACGUGCAUUAGAAAUAAGAGAAACAUUCGAUCCAUCUGGAUAUAACAAUAUCAUUGUUAUACUUGGCAACAUUAGCUACGCAUUGAAACAACAACAAAAAUAUGAUGAGGCACUCAAUUUUCAAAAACGAGCCCUCGAAAUACAAGAAACUCAUUGUCCAUCAAAUCAUCUACAAAUUUCAGACAAUCUCAAUGACAUCGGUAUUAUUCUCGACGAACAAAAAAAAUAUGAUGAAGCUCUUCAUUUUUAUCAACGAGCUUUAGAGCUUAGAGAAACAUUCGAACCAUCUGGUUACGAUCACAUCCUCUCUAUACGCACUAGCAUUAGUCAUGCACUUAAACAACUAAAAAAAUACGAUGAUGCACUCACUUUUUUAAAUCGAACGCUUAGUAUACGAGAAACACACCGUUCAUCAAGCUAUGCAUUAAUUGCUCGUAAUAUCAACGAUAUUGGUCUGAUCUAUUAUGAACAAGAAAAAUGCAAUGAAGCUCGUGAGUACUAUGAACGAGCAUUAGAAAUGACAGAAACAUUUAAUACAUCGGCUUAUGAUGAUAUUGCUGUUCUAUUGAGUAACAUUAGCCUUACAUUUAAACAACAAGCAGAUUAUGUCGAAGCACUCGAUUUUCGAAAUCGAUCACUUGAAAUACGAGAAACUCAUCUUUCAUCAAAUCAUCUACAAAUUAUCGAUGAUCUUAACGAAUUAGGUCAUAUCCUUCUAGCACAAAAACAAUAUAACAAGGCUCUUAGUUCUUAUAAACGUGCAUUAGAAAUGAGAGAAACAUUCGAUCCAUCGGGAUAUGAAAAGAUUGCUUGCUUACUCAUUAGCAUUAGUGAUGUACUUAAGCAUCAACGAAAGUUUGAUGAUGCACUCGAUUUUCAAAAUCGAUCGCUUAAAAUAUUCGAAACUCACUGUCCGACAAAUCAUAUAUAUAUUGCAUUGAAUUUGAAUAACAUUGGCAAUAUUCUCCGAGAACAAGGAAAAUACGAUGAAGCAUUUGAUUAUCAUCAAAAAGUAUUAGCAAUAUGUGAAGAGUUUUGUUCGUCUGAUUAUAAUAAUAUCAUUGUUUGCCUUGGUAAUAAUGCUGAUGUACUUGAAGAUCAAGAAAAAUAUAAUGAAGCACUUCUAUAUCGUCAACGAGUAUUAACGAUUAGACAAGAGCAUUAUUCAUCAGAUCAUAACGAAAUUGUCAAUAAUCUUACAAAAAUUGGCCAGCUUCAUGUAAAUUUAAAAGAAUAUGAUAAAGCUCUCGAAAUCUAUCAACAAGCAUUGUCGUCAAUCAAAGAACAAAUCUCUCAAUCUGAUCAAGUUACAAAUGAUAAUAGUCUACAAAAUAUCAAUUUUGUUUUUUACCAAUCAACAGAAUAUCAUAAAAUCGUCGAUCUGGAGCAAAAAAUGUUGGAAAUUUAUGAGAUAUUAUAUACCGAUGGUCAUGCUAAUACGAUAUCAUGUCUUAAUCGUAUCAUAAACAUUUUAAAUGAACAAAAUGAAGAUUAUAAAGUAGUUCCAUUUCAAAAAAAGGUAUUGGAUCUCAACAUGAAAUUUGGUCUAUGUAGUCAUACAGAUGCAAGUAAAAUUCUCACUGAUAUGGCUAAUACGAUGUAUUUAUACGACAGUUAUGAUGAAGCCAUUGAAUUUUAUAAAGAAGCAUUGAUAUACUAUGAAAAAGAUUCUUCAAUCGACUAUGUAGCUAUGAUCUCUGCAUUGAUUAAUAUGAGUUUAAUUUUUAACAUUCAAUUAAACUACGAUGAAGCUCUGAAUGCACAACGUCGAGUAUUAAACAUUCGGAAAGAAAAUAAACCAUUGGAUCAUUUCACGAUUGCUAAAAAUCUUCAAGAAAUAGGUGAUAUACUCUUUAAACAAGAAGAAUAUAAUGAUGCUGUUGAUUCUUAUCAACAAGCAUUAGUAAUAUUCGAAGAACAUCAUCCAACAGAUCAUAUUGAAAUAGCGAAUUGCCUAGAAAAAAUUGCUCUUAUUUGGGAUUCAAGGCCGGAUUAUGAUCGUGCUAUGGAAUAUUUCGAAAGAUGUCUAUGCAUCAGAGAAACAAGUUUAUCUUUAGACGAUCCUAUGAUUACUGACACUUUACUGUAUUUAAGUCACACUCAAAGAAAAAGAAAUCAUCGCGAACUUUCAUUAGCAUAUGAAAUAAACUAUUGUUUGAUGCGUAUAAAAUUUCAAUUAUUAGAUCAAGUAACUAUUGGUGAUAGUUUUUCUCGUAUUGGUCAACAUUACGAACAACUCCAUGAACCGAUAUUAGCACUGAAUUAUUAUAAACAAGCAUUAGAUGUCUAUAAGGAUUGUCUACCCGAAUGGCAUGGACAUCGACUAGAUAUGGAACUCAAUAUAGAGCGACUUUCAAAAAAUAUAAUAACUUAA